CCGGUGACUCCAUGGCAACCGCUUGAGUUAACAUAGAUAAUGGCAGAGAUCAUCUGUACUAAGAAAUAAUUUUUGCAGAAAAUGUGUGAAGAGUUUGAGGCCGAACAGCACAGCGGUCCCAGCCCUGCGUGGACAGAGGCCAGCUCUGUGAGCACCCAGCUCUCCCGGCACAGCGUACUUAUGGAUGAGCCCGAUGUUUGCUGUGCUCUCCCUGGAUACUCUGCAUUAGAAGGACCUCAUCCUUCACGGCAGAAUCGCCCCCCAACUGCUGAAACUACACCUUUUCCCCAAGUCCCUGAAAAUCCUGUCACGCGUUUCUUGGAGAAGAAAGUGUUUCCAGUGUUGGUACCUGGACUGGAGGCUUUGCUAAGAGAAGCCCAGAAAAAUGGCUGCUUUAAGAGGAAAAUAACAGCGUUUAACCCAUGUGACUUUCUGACUGAGUGGCUCUACAACCAUAACCCUCGCAGGAGUGGACAGGAACCAGUGAGCUUUCAUGACAUCCCCUUUGUCAAGGACUGGCUUGGGAUGCAUCCCAGGCCGCCCACUCCUCUGUUUCUGCGGCUCACUGAGUGCGAGGCUGCUCUGCUCAUCCAGGCUUUCUGGAGAGGAUACAAGAUCAGGGCACAGCCAGAUGUUCAGGAGAUGCGCCAGUGGCAGAAAAAACUGAGAGAGACCCGUGACAUUGGCAAAACUGUCAAGCAGUUCUGGGCGAAACAAGAGAGACGAGUGGGUUCGGCUAUGACAGAUCUUCCAGAAAGCCCCCAGCCUGGAAACAAUGUGUCCAUCCAGGUGGUUUCCCCCACUCCCCAGAGCACCGCGGUCCACACACCCACCACCCAUAUGAGCCCACAGCCUGGUGAGUGGCUCAGACCCAGCCUGCACGUCAAGGAAGAAGUAGCCUCUACAUGUCUGACUAAUUUCCUGUCUGUGUCCAACAAACUAAUCGCAGGGUCUCCAUCGUUACUAGGAACUCACAACCUGAGCUACCCUGGUGGGACUUGGUAACUGGAAUCAUUAGCCUUGUGUAAAAGCUUUUUUUCUGCUGUUUAAACACUAUUAAACUCUGUUAGGCUGAUGUCAAAUUGACCUAAAGUGAUCAGUCAAACAAGCCCUGUUUAAGGAAAAAAAAGAAAAGAAUAAAAAAGAUGCCUGUAACCAAUUUGAUAUGGCCAGGCCAGGAUUUAUGGUCUGA